AUGCAGUUGCCACCAUGGCUCGUCUGGUACAAGAAGCCGGAGUAUCGCGACAUCAAGCAGUACUCGGCUGAGGCCAAGAGUGGCAAGCGACCCACGAGCUCGGAUAGAAAGAAUAAGAGUGCUAUUCCUAGACGGCUGCAGUUGAAGCGGAUUUUGGAUAACAAGACUUGCAGUCCCAUGUCACUCUAUGACUUCUAUAUGUACCUGAAGUACAUUGAGUUCUCGUCGGAAAACUUGGAGUUCUAUAUUUGGCUCAAGAACUAUGAGAAAACAUACUCGAAGACAGGUAGCGUCAGAGACUUCGGAGACACAGACGAUGAUGGUUCAUUACAGAUCUCGGAAUCGAAGCUAGAGGAGUCCAACUCAUCUAUGGACUUCAUUCCAGACCCCGAAAUCGGUAUUUGCCCCUUCAAUCAGCUAGUAACAUUGUACUCACCAAUGCAAACAGCCAGAGAAACCCUCGACCACAUAGCCGAACUCCUUAGUCCACAGGCCAUCUGCGUCCCAGAUGGCUUCUGCAACCCAAGCUGCACCGCCAACAAAGUGGUCUUCGAUCCCACCACCGCCAUAACCAACACCCCCAACGCCGAGAAGAAUACACACCUGACCACGACGACCCGUCCAACCGCAACUCAAUCUACCCUCCCCAAACCCGCCUUAGGCCAACGCGCCGAGCUCAAGGCCAUAGUGCAGACCUACCUCGUCCCCUCCGCCCCGAAGGAACUCAACAUCCCGCCCUCACUCCGAUCCCAAGCCCUCGCCGGCCUCGCAAACUCCUCCGACCCGGCGCAUUUACAGCCCAUCGCCGAACAUGUCUACCAGCUUCUGUGCAAUUGCUCGCACCGGAAUUUCGUGCGCCUCGGUAUAUGCAACGGCACCAUGGAAACAAUUUGCAUGGCGACCGGCCUGGGCAUAGUUCUCGUGCUCGCAGGGUUCUUACUCAUGUUCCUACGGUGUUUCGUCCCCUCUCGGGGCGCACACAGCCGCUGGGAGUCUUUCGCGGCCUGGCCGAUGUGGUGGUUGGGAAUGAGUUUGAUUCUGUCGGGGGCGAGAGGGAGUUGUUUUUUCCUUUUGUUGUUUUCGCGACGGCAGCCGUUGCCAUGGGAGAGGUUCGAUGAUGGGGCCAGUGUCGUUUCGAAAACAUCGGGACUCAGGAGGGCGGUGUCGAGAUUGAUGAUUUUGGAUCGUAAGAUCAGGGUUAAGGAUGUGCAUUUGAGGAGGUUGCAGACCAAUAUUGUAGUGCAGAGUUUGGUUGGGGGCGCCGUGUUUGCAAGUUUGGGGGUUUUAUUGUUUGUGUUCUUGCCGGUUUGGAAACAGACUGUGGGGAGGUGA